CUUGCACAGUGGAUAGCCUGAGAUCUUUCAGCACAGACGUCUGGACAGAGCCCACCAGGAUGCUCCUCCCUGCCCCCUGGUCCCACCCUCCUCAUCCAUUGAUGCUGCUGACUCUACUGCUGGGACUCCCAGGGGUGACAGGAGAGGAGCUGCAGGUGAUUCAGCCCGACAGGUCAGUGUCAGUCGCCGCUGGAGAGACGGCCACUCUGCGCUGCACUAUGACCUCCCAGGUCCCCGUGGGGCCCAUCUGUUGGUUCAAGGGGACUGGGCGAGACCGAGAAUUGAUCUACAGUGCCAAAGUCCACCCCCCCCGGGUAACAAAUAUGUCAGAUCACACGAAGAGAGACAACCUGGACUUUUCCAUCCGCAUCAGUAACAUCACCCCAGCUGACACCGGCACCUACUACUGUGUGAAGUUCCGGAGAGCAACUCCUGAAACCGUGGAGUUUAAGUCUGGACCAGGCACUGAGGUGUCUGUGAGUGCCAAACCCUCUGUCCCUGUGGUAUUGGGUCCUGCGACGAGGGCCACAGCUAAGCAGACAGUGACCUUCACCUGUGAGUCCCAUGGCUUCUCCCCCAGAAACAUCACCCUGACGUGGUUCAAAAAUGGGAACGAGCUCUCGGACGUCCAGACCACUGUGGACCCCGCAGGAGAAAAGGCCUCCUACCGUGUACACAGCAUAGCCAGGGUGGCGCUGAAGCCCGGAGAUGUCCACUCUCAGGUCAUCUGCGAGGUGGCCCAUGUCACCUUGCAGGGGAGCCCUCUACGUGGGACUGCCAACUUGUCUGAGACCAUCCGAGUUCCGCCCACCUUGGAGGUUACCCACCAGCCCACGAUGGCGGGGAACCAGGUGAACGUCACCUGCCGGCUGGAGAGGUUCUACCCUGGGAAACUACAGCUGACCUGGUUGGAGAACGGAAACGUGUCCCGAACAGAAACAGCCUCAACCCCUGUAAAGAACAAGGAUGGGACCUACAGCUGGACCAGCUGGCUCCUGGUGACCUCCUCUGCCCACAGCGAUGCCGUGGUGCUCACCUGCCAGGUGGAGCAUGACGGGCAGCCACUGGUCAACAGAAACUAUACCGUGGAGUUCUCUGCCCACCCGAAGGAGCAGGAUUCAGUCACCACCCUUGACCUAGGACCAAGUCCUCUUGGGCCCCUGCUGGUAGCCUUCCUCCUGGGCCCCAAGAUGCUGCUGAUGGUUGGUGUGGCUGCUGUCUAUGUCCACAGGAAGCAGAAAGCCUGAUUCGCCUUCCCUCCACCCCUGUCACGAGGGACCCUCAGUCUCUGCUGCCUCCGCCCUUCCCUGAGGGGCUCAGCCUGAGGGAAGAAGCCAGAGAGAACCUUCCACAGACUUGGCUCCAGA